UCUAUCAUCUAAAUACAAACACUGAGUUGAAAUGACUCCGCUUAAAGCGUACGGGCUUUCUUGGAGGACGAAUAGUGAUUUUAAAAAAUGAGGUCCUUCGGCGUGCGGUGACACAUCGCGUAGUCAGCUGGCAUGUCUUCCAGUGAGCGCAUGUGUGUGAGUGCGCGCGCGCAUGUGUGCGUUCCGUUAUUUUCCGGGUUGCGCUCAGUCAGUGUGGUGUGUGGGCAGUGGUUGUCGAGCCGCGGCUGCCAGCAGACGCUUCCACCCAGGAGGCGAGGGGCCAACUUGUCGCUCUGCCUUCCCCGCUCGCCACUCCGUCCGAGAAGCUGCCAAACUUGCGCAUCAUCAUCAUCAUCAUCACCCUCACCAUCCUCAUCAUCCUCAUCAUGGCGGACCAAGGCGACUCUCCGACUCCCGUCCACCACCCGCCACCGCCGGUGACAACCAGCUGGCCAAUUACCAGAGAGUCGUACGAGCUGCAGGAAGUCAUAGGCAGCGGGGCCACAGCUGUUGUGCAGGCAGCCCUCUGUACCCCCAGACAGGAGCGCGUGGCCAUAAAGAGAAUCAACCUGGAAAAGUGCCAGACCAGCAUGGAUGAGCUAUUGAAAGAAAUCCAAGCAAUGAGUCAGUGCAACCAUCCAAACAUUGUUACAUACUACACCUCCUUUGUUGUGAAGGACGAGCUUUGGCUCGUCAUGAAACUUCUGAGUGGAGGCUCUAUGCUUGAUAUAAUUAAGCAUUCGAACAAAGAAGAUGAAAAAAAUCGAUCAUUAGAUGAACCAAUCAUUGCCACUAUAUUGAAAGAAGUUCUCGAGGGCCUUGACUAUCUGCACAGAAAUGGACAGAUUCACAGGGAUGUGAAAGCUGGCAACAUACUGCUGGGCGAGGAUGGAUCUGUUCAGAUCGCAGAUUUUGGAGUUAGUGCAUUCUUAGCAACAGGGGGGGAUAUGACUAGAAACAAAGUUCGAAAGACCUUUGUUGGCACGCCUUGCUGGAUGGCUCCAGAGGUCAUGGAACAGGUUCGGGGCUAUGAUUUCAAAGCAGAUAUAUGGAGUUUUGGAAUUACAGCUAUAGAGUUAGCCACAGGCUCUGCUCCCUAUCAUCGCUACCCUCCCAUGAAGGUUUUAAUGCUUACCCUGCAGAAUGAUCCACCCACUCUAGAGACGGGCAUCGAGGACAAGGAGAUGCUCAAGAAAUAUGGCAAAUCAUUUAGAAAGUUAAUAACAAUGUGCCUUCAGAAGGAUCCUGCCAAAAGGCCGACAGCAGCUGAGCUUUUGAAGUGUAAAUUCUUUCAAAAAGCCAAGAACAAAGAAUAUCUGAUAGAAAAGCUUUUGAGUCGUGCGCCAAAGAUUUCUCAGAGAGCAAAGAAGGUGAGGAGAGUUCCAGGCUCCAGUGGUCAUUUGCACAAGACGGAGGAUGGGGACUGGGAGUGGAGUGACGAUGAACUGGACGAGGGCAGCGAGGAGGGCAAAGCUGCCGUAAAUCGGGGCAGGUCACGAAGGGUCAAAGAUGAGGCCAAAGAUAAUGAGGAGGAUGCCAACAGUAUCCCUAUAGAAGGCUUGUCUGUACAGCAUCCCCAGGUUGAACCUUAUGAGAACACACCCUUCAGUCAAGGCGCUGUGAACAUGGUACUACGGCUAAGGAACUCUAAGAAGGAGCUGAAUGACAUCCGGUUUGAGUUCACCCCGGGGCGAGUGGAAUCUUGCCGGGCCAAUAUUUGUCAUAUUAUUCCCUCACAAGACACUGCUGAUGGCGUCUCCCAGGAACUCUUCUCUGCUGGCCUGGUCAAUGGGCAUGAUGUUGUAAUUGUUGCUGCUAACCUUCAAAAGAUCGUUGAUGACCCAACUACCUACAAAGUAUUGACCUUUAAGCUGGCUUCCAGCUGUGAUGACACUGAGAUCCCGGAUGAGGUUAAGUUGAUCGGCUUUGCACAGCUAAGUGUUAGCUGAUGCUCUCUUCAUGCCUGAAGCAGGUGAGCCGGGGGAGGCAGUUCAGGGCAGACAGACUGAGGAACACAACACCGCCACCUCCUUCAAUAUUUUUCCCAGCACCUUCCCCGAAAAGCCACUCCUUCUCCUCACUGUCUCACUCCUCGGCCCCACCUACUCCUCCUCAGCGUCGACUUUCCUGCCCAGUGUCCCCCGACCUCUAACCUUUACAUUCCACCACCCAGCGCACAGACCAGGAUCAGGACACAGCGCAGGAACCAAAAGAUGUACUCAGGUGGUAAUAGAAGGGGAUUAAGAUGUAGCUUCGAAUGUUUCCAUUAUUUAUUUAUUUUACUCAUUUUUUUUGUGCUUCACAUCACAUUACUGCUGUGAUCAGCAAAACUCAUUAUUUAUGGAAAUGAAAAGCUAUUUUUCGAAACUUGAGUUUUUUUUUUUUUUUUGUCACGCCACAGUCAAAGCAUGUUUGCUUCGACUCACAUCUCACAAAUGCACUCAUUCUCAGAGGUCGGUGUCAGAAUGUAAAGACUCAGCUAAUUCAUCAGGAGAAGCACAUGUUCAUAACAUAACGAAUGUCUGAAAAGAGAGUGAGCUUAUGUGUCAAGACCUGUUUCACGCCACCAAGAUUGUUAGCGUUUGUCUAAGUGUGCUGGAAUAAACGAGACCAGGAAGCUACUGUGUAUAAUUUGCUGCUCUCAACAGUGUUAAUGCUUCGAAACUGCUAGAGGUGCCUUGUUCAUUUUUCUGUGCCUAAGAGAGUUGUCAAAGACAGAUACCACAUAGAGAGCUGAACCUGCUGAUCACCAUUUCACCAAUGUUUCACUCCAACAAUGACACAAUUCAUUUGAACUAUCUUAAAUGAGCCAGAAAAGCUUAAAUGCACUUUUUGGUCUGAGCAUACGCUUCGCCGCUGGAGGAAAGUUAAUUGAUGAGCAUUGCAUUUGGUAAAUUGAACCUGACAGAACCCGAAGUCAUGUAAUAUAUUCUGGUUGAUGUGCAUUCAGAAAACAGGCUAAUCUACAAAACCGCAACAGUUGAAUUUUUAUUCCUCAAAGUGUACUAGUUACUCAAUUGUACUGUAUGACAUCGCAUCUGAAGAUGGAACCAAACGGCAACUACAGAAGUGUGAUGAGCCAUUUGUUUGUCCAAACAAGUCUGGUAGCUCUAAAUUAUUUUUAGGUAUCGAGGUGGUAAAUAUUAACUUCUCUAAAAUCUUUAUUUUAUGAAGUAAUUUAUUGUGUUUUCUUUGUACAGUAUGUGUAUCAUUUCAGCAUAUUACCCAUUCCCUCUCUGUAAUCAGCAAAUCUCAAAUUUCUGAUGAAGAGCAACAAAUAAAGCA